AUGGCGAAAGCGAAAAGUCAAAAAUCGAAAAAGACUCCAAAUUUGACCGGUAAGUACAAUUUUCCCAUUUUCAAAAGUGCCCAUCUCAAUUUCAGUGUCAAAAACCAGAGCGCCACCAAAGAAGCCGACUUCCACGACGAGAUCGAAGUUCGAUAGUAAUAUUUCAGAUUCCGCCGAUGACGUAAUGCUGUUUUUUUCAGAUCCACCCGCCCUCGGAACUCGAGAAAACCUCCGCCCGCGUGGACCCCGAGGCACCGUUCUGUCGAAAGCGAGUUCCUUGGCAAAAGAGGUCGAAAAAAUGGGAAUCGCCAACGGGAGCCACACGGAUGCCGACACUCAUGUAGCCAAUGGCACUGCUGCGGAUUCACCACCACCACCACACGCAACUCAGUCAGGGAGCCAACCCGCAAUGAAGAUCGGAAUCGUGCCUGGAAUGGAGUUUGGAACAAAGCCAGAAACCCAGCUCGGCAUGCCGUCCAGAGAUCAACUAAGGACCGAAUCAGCAACGACGUUGGGAAGUCACCCAUGCCCAGCUCCUCUCCAACCUCGUAAGUCUUUUUGGGUGUUCUUCUUCAAGCUACUCGAGAAUUUAUCCAAAUUCCAAUAAUUCCAGAGCACGAGGUGAUCACUCUCGACGACGAACCGAUGGAUACCAACGUCAAGCAGAAAAUCCCGAACGAUGGAACUCAGCUCGGCAACCGGCUCGGAAGCCAGCUUGCGUCACAGUCCAGAACGCAUUUCGGAAUGCUUCCCGGAACGGAGUUCGGAAGACCGCUGCCUGGAACUCAGUUGCCUGAAACUCAGUUUGAAGACCAGCGUGAAAUCCACUUGAGACUUCUGCAAGAAAUGCAGUCCAGAUUUUAUCUCAGAAUGCAACCGACAAUUCCGCCCGGAACCCAGCUCGGAAUGCAUCUUGGACUUCAACAAAGGACCGAAUCAGCAACUGCGUUGGGAAAUCACCCAGGCCCAGCACCUUUCCCGUCCGGUAAGUCUCAUUGUCUUUUCUUCUUCAAACUACACAAAAAUUCAUUUAAAUAACACUUUUUCCAGUGCCCGAGGUGAUCACUCUCGACGACGAGCCGAUGGAUUCCAAUAUCAAGCAGGAGAUCCCGGACGAUGAGUUGGAAGACGAAGCGGACAGGGAGCGGAAGCUACAAGAAGUCCGAACGAUUCUGCGAAUGUCGUCGCUGCAUGGGAUCAACCAAGCCCGAAAAUGA